CUUCCUCAUUAUUAAAUCAAGUAAUCAACUAAAGAGGGUUUUGGAGUCGGGCAAGAAACCGGACCGCCGAUUCACCUGUGCCGUCAGCAGCCGUACGGUGGCAGUAAACGGUGGAACAGCCGGUUCCAAAACCUAAACGGGACAGGGACCCCGGUGUAUGUUUAUACCAACUCGCACAGGCCCGUCGACGCAGUCGCCGAAGACGAUGAAUUUGUUGCCAAGCGGAGGUGCCCCGCUCUCCUCUUCCCACCGGUGCUCCCUCAAAGUCAUUCGCCCCGCCCCUCAUCUCUUCUCCUCCUUUCCAAACCCUGCCCACACACCCAAGAUCUGCCCCAAGCCAAUCACUCUUGCCAGCGCCGAACCCGGAGUUUCUCGCCCCACCGCGGCCACCGUUCCACCCAGUUCAAUUCCUAUUAACAAAGCUGAUGAGGAUUUAAUAUCUCUUGUCACUCCAGAUGAAGUUCAUCUUGAAGGUGUUAUCCAGUUCCAGAAACCCGACUCUUCUGCUUCCUUUUCCAAAUGGGGUAGAGUGGCAUUGCUAGCUGGUGGGGAUGUAUUGUCUUUGUUGUUGUUCUCUGCAAUUGGAAGAUUCAGUCAUGGGUUUGCGGUUAUUGACUCUGAAACAUUGCGAACAGCUGAUCCUUUUAUUGCCGGUUGGUUUUUGAGUGCAUACUUUCUUGGGGGGUAUGGAGAGGAUGCUCGAGGAAUCAAUGGCUUGUUCAAAUCAUUUAUUGCUGUCACAAAGUCUUGGGCUUUAGGUAUCCCGUUGGGUGUAAUCAUAAGAGCUGCAACUGUUGGUCACAUACCACCAGUUAACUUUAUUAGAGUCACCAUGGGGAGCACCGCUCUAUUACUUAUUGGGUGGAGAACACUUUUUUAUUGCAUCCUCCGUGAUGAUCAGAAGAAGUGCAAUGAUGUAUAUAAGCGCGGUAGUACAUUUGAGCUCUUUGAGUUGCUCACGUCCUUGGUUAGAAGAUGGUGAAAGAUGUGCAAGUUACAACAAUGGCUAUUUCUUGUGGGAGGUAUUUUUAAACUUGUCCGUGUUUUCUGUAUUCCAGAACAUGUGAAACUUGUCAUGCUGCACUGCCAUUCUAACAUUUUAAUGGCACAAUAUUCAACAAAAUCUCGUGUGUACAUCAACAGUUGAAACCAUUGUCACUCACAUUGUCUUGGGGAUUGUAUUUGUAACAAGAGAAAAUAUUAUUAAGAAGAAAAAUGGUGGAUUAUA